UCGCAAACGAGAGCAUACCCUCGCCCUGUUCUAUCACACCACAAUAUACGACGUCUGCUGGCUGCAUAUAUUAAACAUCAGACAACGCCUUAGAAAGUACUGGAAAUUCUUGAACAACUAUCGUCGGCAGACUGUAUUUCAACUCUAGCGAGAUGGAGUUACUGUUCGGGGUGGACUUGCCGAUAUACUUGCUCUUGCUUUUCAUUGCAGUCUUCCUGCUUUAUCUCUAUGGGACUUGGUCUUUUGGAAUAUGGAAGUCUCUUGGAGUGGAUGGACCAGCACCUCUGCCUUUCUUUGGACACCAGUGGGAGAUAAAGAAAAAGGGAUAUGAAAACAGCAUUCGGAAAUGGUCACAGACUUACGGUCGCACAUAUGGAAUUUACUGUGGACGUCGGCCAUUGCUGGUGACCACUGACCUUGACAUCUUAAAGGAAGUGCUCGUUAAAGAUUUCAACAGAUUUGCAGACAGAUUUGACAAGUUUGAACUGUUUCCAAAAGAACUUCGACCUAACCUUUUCAUUAUUGGAGGCGCAGACUGGAAAAGGGUUAGAACCCUAUUGACGCCUACAUUUAGCUCAGGCAAACUGAAACUGAUGGAGAACCAUAUCGACAGGUGUUGUAUCAAUCUCACUGAAAAUCUUCAGGAGGCCAUUAGGAAAGGGGAAAGAAUUGAUGCCAAAAAAUACUUUGGAGGCUACACCCUGGAUGUGAUAUCGAGCACAGCGUUUGGAAUUCAAGUCAAUUCACAGAAAGACCUCAACGACCCCUUCGUCAAGGAUGUGGCCAGUGUUAUGCACGAAGCCGCCAGUUUUGAUGGAUUGUUAACAGUUCUCGCAGCUUCGGUUCAGUUUCUUGUUCCAGUGAUAAAGUUCCUGGCGAUCUAUUUAUUUCCACUAACGCGAUGGAAUUCGUUAUUGAAAAACGUCAAUCGCAUAAUAAAUGAAAGAAAACAAGAAAAAUCAAGAAAUGCACACACCGACUUCCUUCAAAUGAUUGUGAGUUAUGAGGAUCCCGAAGGCUUCGCAAAAGGGCAAAUGAAGUCCUUGUCUCGGACUGAGGUCAUUGCUCAAGCUAUGCUCUUUUUCGUUGCUGGAUAUGACACAACAUCCACCGCCCUUCAGUUCCUGGCCUAUAACCUGGCUUGUUGUCCAGAAGCACAAGAGAAGGUUGUACAGGAAAUCCAAAACCUAAUUGGAGAUGGCAAACCUACGUACGAGGGUGUGGCAAAGCUGAAAUAUUUAGACAGCGUCGUGCAGGAAACACUGAGGAUGUUCCCUCCUCUAAACACAGUUAACAGAAUGGCGUCAGAAGAGGUGACUAUUAAAGGAGUCACUAUUCCUAAGGGAGCUGGUGUCUGCGUUCCUAUUGCAAAUGUGAUGAGGGACCCAGAAUAUUUCCCUGACCCUGACGUGUUUAAACCCGAUAGGUUCAUUGAAGGCGCUGAUGGAUUCGUGAACCCUUUCUCUAACCUGGUCUUCGGGUUCGGACCUCGCCAGUGUAUCGGCAUGCGUCUGGCGCUGCUGCAGAUCAAGAUGGCCAUGGUGCACGUGUUCCGGAAGGUCAGAUUUAUCAAAACAGAUGACUUGAAGGAAACACCUGCAAGGAAGCCAGGAUCGUUUCUGAGUAUUGUGGAGAAGCCGCUCUUCAUUUCGGCGGUACUGAGAGAAACCGCCACCUAAAGCCGAGAGCAACAUCACAUCUUUCUCCUUUCUGCAGUAUUGAGUUUUUCACGAUUCGCACGUUGCUGUUGUAAGCUGCGAAAUCAAAAUAACAGUGUCACUCUCUUGUGUACGUGUAUAUGCGUUUGGCAUAUUUAUAUAAAACUUUAGUCUAUUAUAGUACAUGACAAUAUAUUCACUAAUAGUACACAUGCUUUUUUCAUUUGUGAUUGCAAGUGUGGAUUAAUAAAAUUGUAUUGUGUUGUAUUUGGAAUGCACAUUUGUUCUAAAAGUUUGUGAACUUAUUAGAAAGUAUGUAAUUACAAAUUCUGCUUAAACAGCAGGGUCAUAUUUCUGCCUAGGAUAGGGGUUUAAAGUGAGUAGCAAUUGUAUGGGUGUUUGGGAUGUAACUAUACACUGUUUAUUGCUAAUGUGAGCCCCAAACAAAGAAACAUUUCUUUCUUUUAUAAACAGAAGUAGACCAUAAAGAUGCAUUGUACUGUGUAUUCAUUCAUUGUUGUGACUUUUACGUUUGGAGUAGGAUUAUUAUAUUGAACAAGCAGCUAGAGAUGUCUAAAAACACAUAAUAGGAUAAAACUCAUACACAAAGUAAAUCAAUAAAACUUCAAGUGCAAAGAUUAUGAUAUGCUUUGAAAUUGUUUUAAAAUAUAAAUUUCAUACAAAGCGUACAUCUGGUCAGCAAACAAGUCUUCAAUAUGCCCAUGAAGAACUGAUAGUAAGUGGGCAUCUGCAAUGAUUCCACAAUGUGCACAGUUUGUUUGAAUACAAAAUACUUAACUUGAAUGAUAAAGGAAAAAAUAAACAUAAUGGAGAAUAUUCUUUCUUGCUCUUAAGAAAUAUAGAAAUCCCAAAGAGUGUUUUAAAAUAUUUUUAACUAGCCAGGGUAGCUGGAUUUAACUCAGGUUGAUUGCUGCUGCUCUUUCAACCCUGAUUUUAUGGUUCACUUUUGAUUUCAUCCCUUUGUUUGAGUUAAGCUUAUUCCUGCCAUUUUACUCCUUAUGUUCGUUUGCUAAUUUGACAGGUUGACAGCAUUGUUCAGCAAUAAAACAAUGCUUCAAAUGAAACCACCAUGCAACUCAGGCCCUUUUUUUCUUCCCUUCCCAAUUUUUGUUCUACUCUUUUAUAAGAUAUUCUCUUAAAUUACGUUGGAGAAAUUUGUGCAGCACAGUAAAUGUAAAUUUCUUGUGCAUAGUAUUUUGUCAUCAGUAUCAUCUUAGAAUGGAUAAAAUAAAUAUAAAAAAUACACAUGCUUUGGGACAAUGUACAUCAACAAUAGUCCACGGAAAUACUCCUGCUAAAUUUAGUGAGGAUUAGAUAAAUAGUGAUUUGCACAAAUUUAAGUUGCCUUCCCUCAGAAGCACACACAUCCUCUCUUUGCUAUAUUUGAGAUGAUAAUGCUGCCCAAGACAUGCAAUGUGUAGUCUGAAUUAUAAGGUCAGUUUAUUUUUUACAGAUGUUAAAUAAUACCAUAAAAAUAAUGGGGCACAGUCAACUAAAUGAUCCGUUACAAUAUAGUUUAUGUUUUAGUUCAAAGUUUGGAAUAUCUUUCUGUCUGUUUUGAAACUGCUCGACCAACUUCAAAAUAUCCUAAAUGACUAUGUUCUGCAGCUGUAUUAAUACUGCAGUUAUAAAAGUUAUCAUACUCAUGAUGCAAAAAUUCUUUAUAGCAUUACUAAAUGAAUUGUUCUGCACUUUCAAUUAUUACUAAGCAUUAUUUGACCAUUAAGUUGAAUAAAAUCAUUAUUAUGCAUUUAUUUUACAUUUUUUGCUGUAGACAGGACUAGAGACAAAACAACAGCCACAAAUACAACAAGGUCUUUGGGGGUUCUUUUUUUUGCUUUUUAUUACUGAAAUUUGAGUCUGUCACAAAAAUGAAAUAACCAUUUGAAAGGUACAUGAUCAGCUAGAGUCAAAAUAGAGCUUUUCAAAAUAUGACUUGUAUCUACGUACAAAUGCUCUGAGAGUGGUAAACAUUUUAAGAAGCUUCAUUCAUGCCAAAUCAAUCUGAACCACCUCAACAGUUUUAAAAAAUAACCCAUAAAUUUGCUAAAACUACAUUUGUCAAGUCAAUACCCAUAGCCUCAAUCUAUUCAGAUCAAAUUAUUUCCUGUGUAAUGCUAAUAAAAAAAACAUGUAACAAUAAAAUUUGAGUAUGAAUACAUUUGACCAAUUAAAUGCUUCACUUAAACUGUGUAUUGAUAGUCACAAGUUCACUAAUUUGAACAUGGAGAUUAAGUUCAUAAAAAAGCAUGCAUAGACCAGGGAAAAGACAUAAUAAUGGAAAACUACUUUCCAAAGAUUAAGGAAAAGGUGAUGUUCACUUCACCUUGUGAACAGUUUUAAGAACUUUAUUUUCACUGUCACAACUAUGGUGACAAUUGCACCAUACAUGCACACACAGACUUUAAGAUUUUGAUCCAAGUCAAACUGGCUGAUCUGUCAGCAAAAGGAAAAUUGUGCCAACAAUCAAAAUCAUUAAGUAGUUGACUCAUUGGAGUCCGUCACUUCGAACCUACCCUUUCCAAAACACACUUCAAUUGGCCUGACAUCUCAAGGGAGACAACCAUGCUACACCGUUAUAAAACUUAAGCUUUUGUCUUUUUCUACCUUUACAAUAAAAUGUUCCCUUGCACCUCUAAAAUAAUUCAAUUAGACAUCUAUUUCGUUUUCAUACUUUCUAAACUUGCCUAAUUACAUGUCUAACAGUUCUUUUAUGAAUUACUUUUAAAAAUGUUAACUAGAAAUCCUUAUUCAUAUAUGGUGUUUAUAAAAACUAAACCCUCUUGUUACCAUGGAUAUUAAAGUAAUGCUUGUAUUAAUUUAUAAGGGGUCACUCUAUAUUACGCAUUAAAAAUUAAACUUUAUCAUGGUCAGUGUUCAAGCAUAACAGAAACCAAAAUUCUCUUAUUCUCUUUAUAUCUAUGACAGAGCGAGCGCUCACAUACCUUACAUUCAAGUUACAGAGCAACCCAUACUGCAUAUGUUUAAGAACAAAAGUUACAUUACUUAUAAUUACAUGCUGUUAGACUUUGGAUGUGGCAAAAGGGAGUUAAGAGGUAGAUAAUUGAAAAGACCAAUCUUGUGCACUCUCUUCCACUGCAAGUGCUAAAUAAAAAAAACCCAAAAACUUUUGUCCAAUUUUCUUUUUCAAAAAGAAUUAAAAUUUUAUACAUUCUGCACAAAUCUGACAUAAACUGGAAAUGAGCUAGUGUACAGGCUAGUUAACAGGCGAUAAUAAUAUAUAUAAAAAAAUGUAUGGCAUACAACCUCAACCUUAGUGUCAUACUUUAAGUGCUAAUCAUGAAUUCACAAUGACAGCACAUGAUUUAGGGAUUUAGUUUAUGUUGCAGCAUUACUUAAACACCAUAGACAUCGCUUUGGUGAUAAAAAUAUACGUAUUAAAUUUCAGCAGACUCUCUAUGGUAUGUAGAAUAAUGUAUAAUAUGAUUUACCAAGGCUAAAAUGAAAAUGGUUUAGACAAAACUGUACAUUAUUUACACUUUAUAUAUACAUUUCAUAAACUGGAAUAACUGCAUGAGAAGAAAUUUUUCAAGUUGUGGGAUAUGUCAAAUGAACAACAUCUUUUUUCUCUCACACUCACGUGGUCACAUGGCAAGGCACUAUUCAUUCACACCCUUAAAGUACUUGCAUGAGCUGCGUAUAAAAAUACAUGGAUUUGCAUCAAAUGCCAAUGAAUAAGAUUUGUUUUAGAACUUGCAUUGACAAUUAUCUGAGAAUCGUUUCAAAACAUCUAUCAUUCAUUCUCUGUUAAAGAAAUAGAACAUAAUUAUAAUCAAAAUUAUGACCUUUAUCUAAAGAGCUGCUAAAUUGUUGAUGCUCUUUAAAAGAUGAAUCUGUGUUUAUCUAUAUGCACAAGUGGAAGCCACCUUGGCAUUGUGCUAAGGAUCCGACUUGUUAGCAUGAAAGCAAAAAUGAUAUUUUAAACACAAUAAAUUCAGCUGGUAUCCCAUACUGUAUUUACAACACUGUCAUAAUGUAAAGCCAGCAUGAAAAUAACAAGGAACUGUCUGAUAUAAGACAUUCAAAUAUACUAAAAACCAGAUCUAUAUAUA